GAGGGGGCGGGGCCGGGGGCCGGCGCGGACGGGACGGGAGUCGCCGCAGCCGCCGGCCUGGCCCAGCCGCGCAGACACCGCCCGCGACGCAGCCAACCGCCGCUCCUCCGCCGCCUGGCUCCGCGCCUCAGUCCAGCUCUGCCGCAGCGGUCGCGAGGAGGGGCCGCUGGAGCGCGACUCGCGAGCCCCGGGUCAUCACCCGGCCGCCGGAGCCACAGCCGGGCCUCCCUGAGCGGCGCCCACGCUCUCGCUGUUCGGACGCUCGCACCCGCAGCCACCUGCUCCCGGCCCGAGGCCAGGACACGAUGCGCUCCGCGCUGGCGCUCUGCGCGCUGCUGCUGCUGCUGCCGCCGCGGUCGCUCUCUGAUGGCACCGGGGAGAAUCUGGAAGCCUGGUCCUGACCGCACAAUAUCACAUCUCUGAAUUCCAUGAGCUCUCUCGGGCAGUCACGACAUCACACCAGCUGUAGCUGCCCCAGCGCCUCCUGUUAAUUAAGCUUCGGUGUACGUAAGUGUGUCUGUGUGUAUGGGGGGUGACGGCAGGCAUAGGGCAGAUACCCAGGAGGGUCCUGUGUUGGGUGUUGAAUAAAGGGCAGGGAAAAAAAGAAAACGGGUUUGUAAGAGCAAGAUGCUCCCUCCCUCCGGGGCCGGGAGUCCUCCCGGUGGGCCUCAGUUUUCUCAUCUGUGGAUAAGGGGCUGUGCCCAGCCGCCAGUUAUGCAGGGCGGUGGACUCAGCCACAUGUUGGCCCUGACUGCUCGGUAGCUCACUGCCUCUCUGGCCCCUGCUUCCCCAGCUGCUUCCUCAGCGGAGGGGUGGACAUCAGCUCCUUUUCCGGUUGCAUCUUUAGGCAUGAUGUCAUUACUGUAAAAGCAAAGACCAGUCUGUAAGGGAAGACGAGAAAGGCAACAGUCUCUGGGGGCUAGUAUCUCCAAAGUCCUGUGGCCUUGGGUUGUGCCACACUCCAGAGGAUUGCACCCGUUUUCCAGACGGGACAUCCAAGGUGGGAGGAUGGUGGUGAAUUACCCAGCCACGAGCUAAGUCUCGGAGUCUUGAGGUUCCAGCUAGCUCCUUCCAACUUAGGUAUGACUUAGUGCUCUUGGCCUGGCCAUCUGUACCCCUUGCAUGGUAGCAAGACUCCUAACACAAUAAAGAGCGUGGAGAAAGAAAGGGGAGACGGGAGCAUGGGAGGCCAAGGCGUAGGGGAUGGUUCUUCCCCUGCCUCCACCCAUUCAGGAGCCCCAAGUCUGACUUUGGUGUCAAUCUUGUGUGACCUAAGCAAAGCCUUGACCCUCUUUCCUGACCUGGGAAGUUUCAGAGGGAAACAUUCCAUUUUGCUCGAAGUUUCUUCUGAAAAGAAGAGCCGUGAAAUCACCGUGUGUGUGUGCGUGCGCACCUUCCGUCCCCCCUCUGAUGUAAGCCCCCUUGACUACUUUUAGGGGAUGAAUUUUCAGCUGCUUGGACACCUGGCUCCAAGCAGGCUGGCCCUGGGAUUCUUGAUUCACUUCCCAAGGCGGCUCCGGUAGGAAACCCCGCUUCCUUGACGAGCUCUAACAUCUCAAACGCUGGGGGACAACUUGGCUUUGUUUAAAAGGAACGAGGCUUUUAACUUUCCCCCCACCACCAGCCUUGGCGGGAGUGGGGGGGGGGGGCAAGAGAGCCAGCCCUCAAUUGUUUAGCUGUAUUCAUUUAUGAGGUUUGUUUGUUUCUCUUUAAGCAAUACUCCUACCAGAUCCCUACUUCCCCACAGGCAAG